CAAAGGCUCCUUGCCACUAUCUACUGCUCCCUUUAUAGAGACUCGUAUAUAACUAUAACGCCUGAAAUUGGCAUUAGAUCUAAAGCCUUGACGAAGUAGGCUCUUGUCAGCAUAAAAUAUUGUUGGCGCUCACCGUGUAAACGAGAGGCAAUCGCUGCGACGAAGUUGAAGAAGUGCAGUGCGAUCGAACGCAGGCUCUGCUGACUCGCCCUCUGUGAGAUCGUCGGCGGGAACUCCGUCCGUCGCACUGAGCUCCAGGCAUGGCGAUUCCAAAUCGAAGCACAGAGGAUGUCGGUGCUCGAGAGCGCAUCAUGGGCAGGAUCUUGUUCAUGUGCCUUGCAUUCAUUGUCAUAAACGUCACUCCGUUUCUGAGUUACACACUCAGCAUGGUGUCGAACGUGGCCAUUUCACUUAUCGUCGGGUACAACCUGGCUGAUUGCAUCGACCGAUGCUACAGGAAAGAAGCUCAAGUCAAGGACUCCACAGUCUUCAUCACAGGAUGCGACAGUGGCAUAGGUCUGCAUGCUGCAAGGCGUCUGCAUGAGCACGGUUUCGACGUCUUCGCCGGCUGUCUAGAUCCAAAUUCCGAUGGAGCUGUCAUCUUGAAAGAACUCCACGUAACUAUUGUGCCCAUCGAUUACCUAGAAGAAGACAGCAUCAUUCAUGCUUAUAAGGCUGUGACCACCCAGCUUGGCGACAGAGAUCUCUGGGGGAUCGUCGCUAACGCUGGUGUUGUGAACUAUGGCGAGGUGGAGUGGAUGUCUUACGAUGAAAUCAGAUGGGUAGUCAACGUGAACUUAACUGGCACACUAAGAUUCGUCAAAGAAGGCAUACCCCUCCUGAGAAGAAGCAGGGGCCGUCUCGUUAUUAUGUCUGGCGUCAACGGUCGCCAUGCCGUACCAGGAAUCGUUGCAGCAAGUGCUUCCGGCGCAGCCUUAUGUUCAGCAGCAGACGGCCUGCGCAGGGAGCUCAGGAAAUGGAACAUUGGGGUCAGCACUAUCGAACCUAUGCUGUACAGAACUCGAACUACGGAGCCAGAAAACGUCAAGAUCGGCAUCACAGAGUUAAUCAACCGAAUUCCACACAACGUGAUGGAAGAUUACGGACAGCCGUACAUGGACGCCUAUAAGUCCUUGCUUCCAAAGCGGCUCUACACGUACAUGCACAUUAACCUCAACGACGUCUCCAGGGCAAUCAACCGUGCCUUGACCGACGCGGCACCAAGAGCUCGUUACCGGUGCGGAGGAUCGGACAUGUUCAUGGCUCUGCUCCUGGAAAUGCUACCUCCCGAUGUGGUUGAUACAGUUGUCAACACCAUCUUUCAGCCACGCUGCCGGGUGAAGACGGUGACCACAAGAUAUAAAUAAUUCCGCAAUCAAGAUUCUUAUAUCUGUAUAUUCUGUAUUAUCGGGGAGAAGAGAGUUUGCUUCACCCUGUG